ACAGCAGCACCGCAGUCUCAGCAGCAGCUCUGGGUUAAACAUCCAUUCAUUCAUCCAUUUAUUCAUUUAUCCUCUAACCGGGAGGAGGGAGCCUUCAGUUUCCGGGAGAAAGAUGCUGGAAAACGGCAUGAAGGUGGUGUUGAAGCAGGGUCUGCUGGAGAAGAGGAGCGACGGCUUGCUGCAGCUCUGGAAGAAAAAGCGGUGCGUCCUGACCGAGGAGGGGGUGCUGCUGCUGCCACCCAAACAGCACGAGCCCAAACAACACGAGCAUGGAGGUCCAGGUGGAGGUGGAGGAGACACAGGGAAAGUGAAAGAGCUGCACUUCGCCAACAUGAAAACCGUGGAUUGCGUGGAGCGUAAAGGCAAAUACGUUUACUUCACCGUGGUCAUGGUGGAGGGGAAGGAGAUCGACUUCAGGUGCCCGCAGGACGAGGGCUGGAUGCCGCAGAUCACCCUUCAGAUGGUGCAGUAUAAGAACCGGCAGGCGAUCCUUGCCGUGAAGUCCACCCGGCAGAAACAGCAGCUGCUGGUGGUGCAGAUGCCCGGUCAGAUUCACGGUCAGAAGACGGUGCGCAGCUCUCCAAACGUCGCGUGACUUGUGGAGGAUAUUGGUGCACCAUCUCAGGUGCAGAGGAAGCGAAAUGCACGCGGGGUUCUUGGCUCUGGGGCCAUCUGGGGACCCCCUUGCAAAAAAGGACCAAGGUUACAGUUUCCUUUUAGUCCUCCUUGGAUAUUUAUGCAAUGACCGAGGAAGUCUGUUCGCAUCAAAGGAGACGAAACAAUGCACAAUGUGGAUUUACUUUGAAAAGUUUAACAGACUCCUGGAGGUAAAAUCCUCCACAUGAAGAAUGUUCUGGAUAUCCAUUCCAUCCAAGGCAGGUUUGAUAUUUCAUACAUGGAGGGUCUUCAUGCCGUUAAGCAGUGAGAAACAGAACUAAACCCCCAUGUAGUGUAAUUAUAUCAUUAUUUGUGCAAUGAAAGGACAUCUGUCUGCAUCAAAGGUUACACACUACUCACCAUAAAGGGAUGAAAGAAAAUGUUGACAGACUACUGGAGGUAAAAUCCUUCACAUGAACCCAGGCAGAUUUGAUGUUUCAUGCAUGGAGGGUCUUUGUGUCUUUGAUCAGAGGGAAAUAGAUUUGAACUGUUGUGUAAUUACAACAGGAAACAUGAAAAUAUGCUAUAUAUUUUGCAUUUGCCACUCUCAGUGAGUUGUUCAGGCUCAGCAGUUCAAAGCCAGGUUUUGAUUUUCAGUAAAUGCACAAACAAUGACUUCCAAAUUUGCUCUGACAGUCUGAAGCAUACAGUGACUCAGUAAUAUGUGCCAUAUGCCCAGAAUAUGCAGCUGUACAGGCCAACUGCACAUCUGCAGUUGGCCGCUCUGUUUGGACAACAGAUUUCCAUGAUUCUCUUUCAAAGGACUCUACUCAAAAAGCCUUUCCAUGAUUGAGUAAUACUUGUCUUUACUUCCUGAGCAGCAGGUCCAUAGCUACCAUUGUCAUUCCCAUUAAUAAUACUUUUAACUUGCUUUAAAGAAAAGUAUUCAUUAAAUUGAGACUUUUAUAUAACCAGGAACUAGAUUAUUUGAGUAUAAAUAUCUAGUUUUCUGGAACAAUAUGACUAAUCUGAAUUAUUUUUGAACAUUGAGAGACAGUAUCUUGGCAUCUGACCAAAACAUUUAUUAUUGACCUGAGUUUUUUCUUUAAAUCCUGGAUAUACGACCCUGCUGAGCAAGAAAUACAUGUAUCCUCAGUUGAACUUUCACAUACAUUGAGGGGAAAACAGUUUUUCUACUCUGUCAGUGUGUCUGGUUUGAUCAAGACUGUAGGAAUGAAAUGAUUUCCGAAUUGCCUCCUGUGUCACCGUCACUCUGCGGCAGUCCAUCUAAUUGAUUGCCUCCGCAGGUUAAUUGGACGCUCAGCUGGAGGAUGAAUAUUGAUGAUCGCAGAAAUCCAUUCUCCUCCACAUUAAACCAGCUUCUCCUUUUCCAACACACGGACGUAUUUCACUAAGGACUGAUGGACAAAAAGCAUGUGAAAAAACAACCGUUCGCUACCAUCCGAUGGGUUUAUCCCUUAUUUAUUAGAUGUAUAUUUUCUAUAAAAAAGUGUUAUGUUGUUGAUGAUUGUUCAGUGUGUUUGUUGCUCGAGUGGAACAAGAGCUUCCUGUUACAAACAAAGCCUGUUGGGAAUAAUCUUACAUAAAGUUGUGUUUGGAUGGUUGCUGUAGAGUUACUCACAUUUCUUGAGUAAACCAAAGAAUACUUUCAUAACGUCUUCUCCCUUGUGCAGUGUUACAGCUCAGAUUAUACUAUUAAUACUAUAGAUAUAUGAUGAGAAACCUGCAUGAGUCUGAUUGCUUGAUUUAAGAGCCACAGUGCAUCUUAGUAUUUUCAUUGUGUGUACAUCAAUCUUCAAUCAUUCAUACAUAACUUGUUCUAUCUUUUGCAAGUCUUAAAUCUGAGUAAGAUACUAUUUAAUUACCCCAGUUUGUUUUCAGUGGCUACAGUAAAGAGCUUAGUUCUCUGGCAAUUUGCCGAGUGAGUUUCUGUUAUGUUGACAGCGCUAAAGAUUAUUUAAUUGGUUGCAUCCAAUCUGAGUGGAUGGGCACGGUUUACUAUUUUAUUCU